UCGUAUAAUUGAGGGGGGAGGGGCAAAAUGAAAUUUCGCCAUAAAAAGAGCCCAUCCAACGAAAGAGCAGCAAGCCACCACGUCAUCAAGUGACGCAAGGCACAUGACGUCACUGCCUCAUCUUUAUCCCACCACACCUUUUUUCUCCCUCUGAAUCUUCCUUCAACUUUCCUUCAUUCCUCCCUGAUAUAAAAGGAUAUCAGCCCUCAAACCCUUCACCUCCUCAGAUCUCGCGCACUCACACGCACUACAGCGUGUGAUUUGUUUGCAUCAGAUGAAAACGGGUAGUAGUUUACAUGCAAAGAGGAAACGGGUCAUAGUGGAGCUGGUUAAAGGCAAGGAAACGGCGACCCGGCUCCGAACCCUGCUCCGUAUACCCGAUCAGGAUCAUGGAUCGUCCUCCGUCACACCUGGGCACCUUGCCUUUCAAAUCUUGAGAUCUUUCAAUAAGACCCUCUCCGUGCUGACUUCUUCCUGCGCCGCUACGUCACCCCGCCGCGUUGACUGCCGCGGAUCCGCCUGCUCCGGGGAGAGCAAACAGAAGCCGGGGUUAAAAAGUCGGCGGGGUUGUUACAAGAGACGACGGAGCUGUGAAUCAUGGACGAAAAUAUGUUCAGUGGUGGAAGAUGGGUAUGCAUGGAGGAAAUACGGACAGAAGGACAUCUUGGAUUCUCAAUAUCCUAGGUGCUACUUUAGGUGCACCCACAAGUACGAAGGUUGCAAAGCUACAAAACAGGUCCAAAGAAUCAAAGAGGAACCCAUUUUGUACCAAAUCACAUACUUCAACCACCAUACAUGCACCGAGACAGCAAGGGCUCUGCCUCUCAUUCCGGAUCCGGAUCCUGUAAACCCAAACCUACUCAGUUUCCAAACGGGUAACCCAUCAAAACAAGAAGAGUGUCAUUCCACAAACUCUGAAAUCAAGAAAGAAGAAUGUUCAAAACAGAAUGAGGGUGAGGGUGUGUGUGAUGAUGCAAUAUCAUACUUACUGGAUCCAUGGCAGGAGAUGAUCGGGUCGGAUCCGUUCGGGUAUAAGCCCAUUUGGGGCCCAACUAUGAGCUUCCAUCAGGAAGAUGGAGGGUCCGGGUUGUACUCAUGCGGGUCUACUAGUUUGCAUGAGCUUCAUAUGGAGGUUAACCAGUUUGGCUAUAUAGACAAUUAUUUCUACUUUUAAUGUAUAAGCUUAUGACAAAUAUUGUAAGAUUAAAUUAUGGUUUUCUAUAAUGAGCUGUAAUAAGAAUCA